AUGCAUUAUGGUAUAGUCGACGCAGUCCUGUUUUGGAGUCUUUAUAGUCAUUUAGUCCGGCCAUCAGAAUUAACAACAUCUACAGAUUUUCAUCUUUUCAAAGUUGGCAUAAAACCAAUGUGGGAAGAUGAGGCAAAUCAAAAAGGUGGUAAAUGGAUAGUACGAUUAAGAAAAGGUUUAGUUUCUAGAUGUUGGGAAAAUCUUAUAUUAGCUAUGUUAGGAGAACAAUUUAUGGUUGGAGAAGAGAUAUGUGGAGCUGUUGUAUCUAUAAGGUUUCAAGAGGAUAUAAUAUGUGUAUGGAAUAAGACUGCAUCUGAUUAUGCAACAACAGCACGAAUUAGAGAUACAUUAAGGAGAGUUUUACAUCUUCCAGCAAGUGCCUCAAUGGAAUACAAAACUCAUAAUGAAAGUUUAAAAAAUGUUCAUCGGCUCUAA